GCAAAAACAGAUGAGCAGCCAGAGCUAGCUGCCUCUGCGCCCCCGUCCGCACCCGCUUCCCUUAAAAGACUCCGGCACCCAACCCCCGCACUGCCUGAUCACAGCAAUCACAACUCGCCAAACCCCAACCGGAAUUCCACUUGGGUUUGGUCAGCGAUCAGCGCUGGCGGGAUGGAGAAGAAGCUGUUGCUGCCGAUGUCGGUGGCGGCGCACAAGCACGCGCACGGCGGCGGGGAGCGGAUGUGGGCGCGGCCGUGGCGGUGGGCCAAGACCGCCUUCUUCCUCGCCGCCAUGCUCGCCUCGCUCCUGCUCGUCUGCGCGCCGCCGCUGCUAGUCGUGCUCCUCGACCUCACCCUCCCGCCGGCGCUCCUCUCGGCGAGCCUCCGCGCCGGCGGCGCCGGCUACGCCUCGUUCGCGUCGGCGGUGCUGGCGCAGGCGCGCGCCUUCGACUUCUGGUCCUCGCUCGUCGACCUGCCCGCCGUCUCCGCCGCGCGGGCGAUGCUCAUCCUCUGCGCGUACGUGGUGUGCGGCGGAGGCGGCGCGUACCUCUGGGUGGUCGUGGCGUGCGCGGCCGGGUCCGUGUCCUACGUGCUGGCCAAGGCAGCCGCCGUGCUCCCCCGCGGCGCCGCGCUUCAGGCGGCGGCGGACGCGCGCGCCGUGACCGCGGCCGGCCCGGAGGCCAUGAUCCUGCUCUCCCUGGCGCUCGCCGCCGCGCACCUCGCCGCGGCGUACCGGACCAGCUGCCGCGAGCGCCGGCGCAUGCUCGUCUACAGGAUCGACGUCGAAGGCGCGGUGAGGUUAAAAGGAGGCCAUCAGACACCCAAAGGGCUGAAGCAGUUUAGCGUCUGACACUCUGUUCGAUCUCCAUUAGCAUCCGCCACAUCAAAAUACACGUACGUAGACACCCGGAAGAUGACUGGUUUCCUUUAGGCCCAAAUUUUGGUUGAGUUCCUCUUCGUCACUCGUGUAAUUACUGUCACUUUCGCAAGUGACCAUACUGUAAAUACGAAACAGCCGUGAUAAGUUACAUACCCGGCCUCCUGCGAUGCAGAGCAGGACGAGCUGUGUUCAACGCCCGGUUUCUUUCUGCUUAC